GGAGAAGAAUCCAAAAGUCAAAAUACGCACAGCCAAACCACGCGAGUUAGGCGCAAGUAACGUAAACAAGGCAUCAGUCUCACGAAACCGGUGGAUUAAUUGUAGUACAAAUUGUGGCCAAAAUGCUAACCAACAGAGUUUUUAUGAAGAAGACCAGAAAAGGUGGCAUAAUAAAAGUAGUACGCGAGCACUACCUUCGCGAUGAUAUCGCCUGUGGAAUCGCAUCCUGUGAGCUCUGUUUGCUGGCCGUUACUCGAACCAGUCUGGACCCCAUGCCGGUCAGUGGUAGCACCAUGUUCGACAGUCCACACUAUUUAAUGCUAGAUACGAACAUCAUUUUGUAUCAGAUCGAUUUUCUUGAGGCAGACGCAAUCCGGAACGUGAUCGUGUUGAGUACCGUUCUGGAUGAGGUAAGACACCGCAGUCCGGUUAUCUUUAAACGACUGAGGAAGAUAAUGGCAGACCCGGGACGUAAGUUUUUUACCUUUGUGAACGAGCAUCAUAAGGAUACGUACUUGAGCAAGGAUGUUGGAGAAUCAGCUAACGACCGUAAUGAUCGUAUGAUCCGCAAGGCUGCACUUUGGUAUGGACAACACAUACGGAAGGGGAAUCUGAAAAGCAAGCUGAAGGUGGUUAUUUUGAGUGACGAUGCAGAGAAUCGAAAUCGUGCGAAGAAAGAGAACUUGUUGGUUUCGUCGGUAGCAGAUUAUGUGGUGUCGCUGGCCGGCCACCCGGAGCUUAGGGACAAGGUCUUCAAUACGGAGAAGUGGCAGGAUGAUUCCAAAAUCAUUUUCCCAGCACAUCUCACUGUGUCGCAAAUUCACGAUGGAAUAAAGAAAGGGGAGUUGCUGCAGGGGAGCUUUUUUGCGUCCAGAGACAAUUUUCUGGAAGGAAAUAUCAGGGUGGAGAGUAUUGACGAACCGGUUUUGAUCCAGGGCCGAAUUAAUUUGAAUCGUGCGGUGGAUGGGGAUAUCGUGGCUAUAAGAAUGCUACCGAAGAGCGAGUGGAAAUGUCCCAGUGGAGUGGUUUUGGUGGAUGAACAGAAUGUGGAUGAUGAAGGAAUGGAAACAGCGGAUCCGGAGUUCAAGCAGGAGCCUGGAAGUGAGGUAACUCCUACCGCUGCCGUGGUCGGUAUUAUUAAACGAAAAUGGCGACAGUACUGUGGAAUUCUAGCAGCAAAUGCUCUAAGCCAAUCCACUAGACAUCUGUUUGUUCCGUCUGAGAGAAAAAUUCCACGGAUUCGUAUUGAGACACGCCAGUCAGCGACACUGAUUUCGCAAAGGAUAGUUGUGGCAAUUGACUACUGGCCACGUCAUUCCAAGUACCCUAUCGGCCAUUUUGUACGAGCUUUGGGUGAGAUUGGAGAAAAGGACACGGAAAACGAGGUUAUCCUGUUGGAGCAUGACGUGCCUCACGGAAGUUUCUCUGCUGAGAUUCAAAGUCAACUGCCGAAACUACCUUGGUUCCCUGAACCAGAGGAGUAUAAAAAACGUGUAGAUCUUAGAGGUAUAACUAUUUGCUCAGUCGAUCCACCAGGUUGUACCGAUAUUGAUGACGCAUUGCACGCUCGAAGACUAGAUAAUGGACGAAUAGAGGUUGGAGUGCACAUAGCGGAUGUCACGCACUUCAUAAAACCAGGAACAGCUCUGGACAAAGAGGCAGCUCUCAGAGCCACUACAGUUUACUUGGUGGAUAAGCGAAUCGACAUGGUUCCAGACGUUCUCAGUUCAAAUCUCUGCUCUUUGCGUGGCAACGAAGAGCGAUUAGCUUUCUCCUGUAUCUGGGAGCUUGAUGACGAUGCAAAGAUUCUCAACACAAGGUUCCAUAAAUCCAUAAUUGAAUCUAAAGCAGCGCUUACCUAUCAGGAAGCUCAACUUAUUAUUGACGAUGCUACGCAAACAAACCAAACUGCUCAGUCGCUAAGGCUGCUGAAUAAAUUGGCGAAAUUGUUGAAGCAACGUCGUAUUGACAAUGGAGCCCUGGUUCUUGCUUCCCCGGAAAUUCGUUUCAACAUAGACAGCGAAACGCACGAUCCAAUAGAUGUUGUGGCGAAAAAGAUGCUGGACACAAACUCGAUGGUCGAAGAGUUUAUGUUGCUGGCAAAUGUUUCAGUUGCAGAAAAGAUCGAACGAGAAUUCCCUGAAUGUGCUAUGCUUAGACGGCAUCCAUGUCCACCGGAUGCCAACUUCGAACCUUUAAAGAAAGCUGCAUCCUACCAAGGCUUUGAAAUCAUCACUUCCAGCGGUAAAGAAUUUGCCACCAGUUUGGACAAUGCAGUUAAACCGGAAAAUCCAUACUUCAACACCUUGCUGAGAAUUCUGGCCACACGCUGUAUGAUGCAAGCGGUUUAUUUUAUUAGCGGAACAAUUCAGCAAGCGGAGUAUUUCCACUACGGUCUGGCCUCUCCUAUCUAUACUCACUUCACUUCACCGAUUCGUCGAUAUGCUGAUGUUGUUGUGCAUCGUCUGUUAGCGGCCUGCAUAGGUGCCGACAGCACCUAUCCGGCACUGCUGGAUAAACAGAGCAGUUCACAGCUGUGUAACAAUCUUAACUAUCGCAACCGGAUGGCUCAGUACGCGGGACGAGCAUCGGUCGCCCUGCACACCCAUCUGUUCUUCCGCAACAAAUCCGAAGACGAACAGGGUUACAUCUUGUUUGUUAAGAAAAAUGCCAUUCAGGUAAUCAUUCCCAAGUACGGACUGGAGGGAACUAUUUACGUUGCAGGAAAGAACGGUGAACAGCUUCGAAGUGGUCCAAGCUUUCAGUAUAAUGAGGAAACGCAAACCCAACGCUGUGGUGAUGUGGAAUUCCAUGCGUUCGAUCCGAUUACCGUGCGGUUGAGCCUGGAUUCGACUAACGUGCAGCAUCAACGGUUGGUGUUCGAACUCGUCACACCGUUCAUUGAGGGUUUCAGCGUUGCGCCACUGGAAACGAGCGAUACGAAGCAGAAGAGGAAAAGCGUGCCUCAGAAUGAGCAGGAGCCGAAUGAGAAGGCGGUGAAAAAGUGCAAGAAAGAAGGCGAGGGCAGCAAACGUAAGAAAAAGUAACUUUGAGUUCUUUGCGAGGACGGCUAUAAUAGCGAACAUCGACGACAAUAGAAUAAAGGUCAGUUAACCUUCCGGCAGUCGCGCUAGUGCACAGAGUGCAUGCUGCUCUGAAAAACUAGCGAAAUCGUUUUAGAGCAUCAGCGGCUUCUCGUUCAGCGCGACUUCCGGAGGGUUAAACAAAUUGAGCAUCUAUGUUGAUGAAACACAU